AUGUAUUCCCCAUCUCCCCGGGGUUCCAGCUCGGCUAGCAGCAUGGGGCCCUCCCUCUGCAUCCUGCUCUGCCUCGGGCUGCGUCUGGCCCAGAGCUGGAUGGUACGAGACAGUGACCACUCAGCACCAGCGGCUCUCGGUCCCUUCCCCUCCGCCCCCAGCCAGGCUGGGGGCUCCCUCGGAGCUCCCGGCUCUGCUUCUCUUCCCACAGUGUCCAGCAGGCCGGACCUUGUGAUUGAGCCCUCCGCGCUGGUGCAGAGAGGGUGGCAGGUGUUCCUGAGCUGCUCAGCCCCGGUCCAGGCUGAGCUGUACCGGCUGCAGAAGGAGGGGCAGCCCCUGAUCCUGGAGGAGAGGAGCACUAACGACCUCUUCCUCCGCAAUCAGGCCAACUUUCUCCUGGAGGACGUCUCGGCCGCGUCCGCCGGACUGUACACCUGCCGCUUCCUCCGCGACGGGCUCUGGUCCAAGCCCAGCCUCCCGGUGGAGCUGGUGGUGACCGGACUGUACCCCCGCCCCUACUUCUGGGCAGAGCCCCGAGAGGUGAUGCAGGAAGGCCAGAGCCUGACCCUGCUGUGCCGCUCCCACCUGGAUUUCCGCGGGUUUGCGGUGGCCAGGGAGCGGAGCGCCUACCUGCGCAGGCGCAGCAAUAGCUCCCUGAUGCGCUUCAGAAUCCCGGCGGCCACCAAGGUCUACGAGGGUACUUACCAUUGCUACGCCUACUCCACCCUGCACCCGUACCUCUGGUCCUAUCCCAGCAAAGCGCUGAGCCUGGAGGUGACAGCAAACAGCUCCGUCCUCUUAAGCCUGACCCAGCUGAGCCUGGCGGGGCUCAGUCUGUUGUUCCUUGGAAGACUAGUGGCCAAGGCCCUGUUCAAGUGGUGGAAUAGGAGGAAGCAACUGGGGCCUGUGGAGGCCCCGGCGUGAGACCCAGGUGUCCCAGCUCAGCUCUUGUGAUGUGGAAUAAAAG